UCUCCAUCAAACCAACCAUUCCUUGACGUGUUCUUUCCCCAUAUCACCCUGCACCCUCUACUGCUACUGCUCUGCUUCGAUCUUCUCACCACUAAUUUACUUGACUUUCUUCAUCAUUCAUUCAAUCAAGGUUUCCCUUUUGUGGUCAAGGAUCGAACAAAGAGUUUGGAUUCCGCUUUGUUGCAUCGAAGUCACUUAAUCGAUAGAUAAAAUGGAUCAAAGGAAGCCGCAAUCCAGAGGUUCUUCUUCGUCUUCUUCUUCAUUUACUGAGAAUCUCUUCGGCCCUAAGGAUCCAUCCGCCGCCACCUCCUCUGGCCUUUUCAGCUCUGUUUUUGGCCCCUCUUCCACGGGUCUAGGCAAGGACUCUUCUCAUUCUAAGAACACAGGAGCAUCCAACAAGCAGGAGUUUGGAGGUCCAUAUGGAAGUGGCAAACAUUCAACACCAGAUCACAAGACACAAAGAUGCAUUGGUGAAAAGGAUGGGAAUCCCAUUUACCAAAAUGAAACAGCAGAACCAAGCUAUCUGAGUUCAUCCAUAUAUUAUGGUGGCCAAGAAGUUUAUUCUCCAAAUAGCCAACCCUGUCGCCCUCACCAUUCUUUCAAGAAAGAUGGAGGUGAUGAGGAUCCAAACAAUAACUCCGCUUCAAGGGGAAAUUGGUGGCAAGGUUCUCUCUACUAUUAAGUCCCUUUCUGUUCUCUGCAUGACGAAAGAGGGGGGCGAUAAUGGCAAUAUGGUAAAUAAUCCUAAAGUAUGGCCAGAGCUUAUGGUUUUUAGUUUUUUUCUCUGUGGGGGGUGUAGAUUUUCUUUGAAGUUGUACAUGAGCUGAUGUUAUAGCGCUCAGUUAAUGUCUGUUUAUCUAUAGGCUUUUUCUUGAUAUGUUAGUGUGGUAAGUGGUAACAUGUCUUCUCCAAGUGAUCUUAUCUAUGGAUUAUAUAUGCGACUUGUAACCUUGGUUCUCCUCCUAAUUUAGUUGUUUUCUGACUUGUAAUAA